AUGGACAGCGGGAGCUGGGCUCCCAGAGAGAGGAUCAUGGUGCUGGCCUUCGCCUUUCUGCUCAGCUGCCUGCUUACCGCCUGCCAAGCUAAGGUCUACAGUCGCUGCGAGCUGGCCAGAGUGCUGCAUGAAUUUGGCCUGGGGGGAUACCGGGGAUACAGCCUGGCUGACUGGGUCUGCCUUGCUUACUUUGCGAGUGGCUUCAACACAGCUGCUGUGGACCACGAGGCGGAUGGAAGCACCAACAAUGGCCUCUUCCAGAUCAACAGCAGGAAAUGGUGCAAAAAUCUCAACCCCCAGGUCCCCAACCUGUGCCAGAUGUACUGCACUGACCUGUUGAAUCCUAACCUCAAGGAUACUAUUAUCUGUGCCAUGAAGGUAGCUCAAGAGCCGUUGGGUCUGGGCAGCUGGGAGACUUGGCGGCGGCAUUGCCAGGGCAAGGACCUCAGUGACUGGGUGGAUGGCUGUGACAUCUAG